AUGAACCCUUCGUAUGAUCAAGUGUCCAACAACCGCAGCUUCAAUACCAACUACAUCCAAGACCCCGCCGAAAUGGGCGCGGCCUGUACCGCCUCGCUUAUCCAUGAGGGACAUCGAUGCCGAUAUCCAAGCAAACGGUGUGAAUUCCCACGAGCAAUUAAGCGCAACGGUGAAAUGCAUCGAUUCUGCGAUGCUCAUCGCAACAAGGCCAAUCUAAACCAAAGGCGCCUUGAAGCCCGACGGAAGAGAGAAAUGGAGGACGCGAAGAACUCUCGACGAAAACGCAGGUCCACCUCGGCAGACAGUGAAAACUCGACGGAUCAGCUGAAUCACGCAGACUGUUCGUCGUAUUCGGAGCCCUGUGGGUCUUUUUCUGCCCCUCUCCACUCUGUACUAGCGCAAGAUGAACUCAACUUCCUGGGUGAGCUUCUUUCACAAAAUAGUUUGGAAGAUAUACAUGCGGAGAGCGCCGGAACCACAGCGGAUUUAUCGGCGAAUUCGUUCUCGAUUUAA